AUGAGUUCAUUGUUUGCGUUUGUUUGUUUGACCCCUGAGAAGCUUCGUCAAUUCAGCAUCAUCCAACUCUCAACUCUCAACCCUCAACUCAACCACAUCACAUCACGUCACAAGACUUCUUCGUCGCAACCACAACUACCAACCCAAAAACCUCCCAUCAAAAUGACACAAUCCAAGGACCAGAAGAUUGCCGAGACUCAGGCCAACCUCCCCCUCCCCGAUCAGCCCCCUAAGGCUUCCGACUGGCAGUCCGCUGAUGCCCGCACCGUCAACGUCGGCGCUGGCAAGCAGGAGGGCCCCAUUGGCACCGACUCUGCCGCUCAGUCUGGUCUCCGUGAGCCCGCUACCAAGGGCGAGGAGGUGGACCUGAGCAACGUUGGCCGUGAAGGUGUUGAGAAGCGUCAGCAAUAA